AUGGGGACCCAGCAGGUGCUGGCCCAGCACAAGCAGAUCGAGCAGAUGCGCAAGAAGCACAAACGCGAGGUGGCGGAGCUGCGGCGGCUGCUGGAGCUGCGUGCUGCGCCGCCGGCGCACGGCCAGCCCGGGCUCGACCCCGACACCGAGCUCGAGUACCUCAGGAACAUCCUCUUCGAGUACAUGAUGGGCAAGGAGCCGCUGACGCUGGCCAAGGUGAUCGCGGCGGUGCUGAAGUUCAGCUCGGACCAGACGGAGAAGGUGCUGGAGAGGGAAGAACACCGCCAGUCGGCGCCAGUGGCAACGUUCCCGAGCCGCGUCACGUGCUCCAUCUUAGGACCAGCCUCCGGCUCGAGUUCCCAGGCCGGCAUUCCGACCUCGCCUGCGCGGCUUACAGCGUUGACAGCCAUCGGCGCCACGCAGCGCGAGACGGAGGAGCGCGCGCAGCGGCGCGCCGCUGAGCUGCGUGAACAGUGCGCCCUGGAGCAGCAGGCCAAGGCGCACCUGGAGGAGGCGCUGCGCACCGACCUCGAGGAGCGCGACGAGCUGGUCAAGCUGCUCAAUAUGAGGUAG